GUGUAGCCCGAGGCCAGAACUGCUCGCCCUUCCCAGAGUUGGGCUUUGUGUGCUGGGUAGUCAUGCGGGCUCUCUAGUGGAAGGUGUACAAUGAGGGGGGCACUGCAGACCCUCACCCUGCUGGCACUGCUGGGAGGUGCCCGGACCAUGUUCUCUAUCCCCCUCCGGAUCUCUCCUGCCCUGGUCAGCCAGCCCCAGUCUGUGUCUACCACCACUGCCAAGGACAUCAUGGGGCUGGCUCUGGCUUCAGAUCCCAGUGGCAAGAUCAACUUCAUGACCAUGGUGAACAACCUGGAGGGGGACUCUGGGAGGGGGUACUACCUGGAGAUGUUAAUAGGUACCCCACCGCAGCCGUUAAAUAUUUUGGUGGACACGGGAAGCAGUAACUUUGCAGUCGCCGCAGCUCCGAAUCCUGAUAUUUCCAAAUAUUAUAAGUCAGCAAACUCCUCUACAUUCCAGCCCCUUGGAGUGGAGGUAACAGUCCGGUACACUCAGGGAAGUUGGACCGGGGUUCUAGGGAAAGAUGUCAUCGGCGUCCCAAAAGGAGUGAAUGGGACGUUUUUGGUCAACAUUGCUUCCAUUUUGGAGUCUGAGAGUUUCUUCAUGCCACAGAUCAACUGGCAAGGGAUUCUGGGACUGGCUUACAGCACCUUGGCUAAGCCCUCGAGCUCCGUGGAAACAUUCUUUGAUUCCCUGGUAAAGCAGGCAGCUAUCCCAGACAUUUUCUCCAUGCAGAUGUGUGGGGCCGGCCUGCCCACGACUGGGGCCGGAAUCAAUGGCGGCAGUCUUGUUAUGGGUGGUAUAGAAUCUAUGCUGUACAGUGGGGAUAUCUGGUACACCGCCAUCACCGAGGAGUGGUAUUAUCAAGUGGAAGUUCUCAAGUUUGAAGUCGGAGGGAUGAACCUGAACCUGGACUGCACAGAGUACAACACUGAUAAAGCCAUUGUGGACAGCGGCACAACGCUCCUGCGUCUCCCAGACAAGGUCUUCAACGCCAUGGUGGAAGCCAUCAUUCAGACAUCUUUGAUUCAGAACUUCAAUACGGAAUUCUGGACAGGUAUGCAGCUGGCAUGUUGGGAGAAAACAGAGGAGCCAUGGGCCUACUUCCCGGAUCUCUCCAUCUACUUGCGUGACAACGACAAUGCGAGUCUCUCCUUCCGACUCACCAUGAAGCCUCAGUUGUAUAUCCAGUCUGUGAUGACGUUCCGUGAAGAUAUGAACUGUUACCGCUUCGGCAUCUCGCCCUCUUCCAACGCGCUGGUUAUCGGGGCCACUGUCAUGGAAGGUUUCUACGUUAUUUUUGACAGAGCAGACAAGAAGGUCGGUUUUGCGGUCAGCACCUGUGCCGAAGUGAACGGCGUACGGGUCUCCGAGAUCACGGGUCCAUUCAGCACCAAAGAUGUGUCCAGUAACUGCAUCACCACCAACCCGUUCCGAGAGCCCAUCAUGUGGAUUAUAUCAUACGCUCUCAUGACUUUUUGUGGCAUUAUUUUGCUGGUGCUGGUGGUCUUGCUGCUGAUUCCCAACAGGCGGAACGACGGCCCCGAGGUGGUCAACGAUGAGUCCUCGCUGGUACGUCAUCGUUGGAAAUAGCCAAGAGGACUCUUUACAUAAAAGAGGAGCUUUGGGCCAGCACGCCAGAAUCGGAACUUGGUGUUCUCUCCCAGUUAAUUUUUAUUUUUUUGGCUGGGAGUGUCGCAAUUACAACCAAACCUAUCCACUACAAGUGGCGUUUGUAAAUUAUUACUUUUUACGUUCUGUGCAAAUUCCGAAGUAUGCCACCAGGGCGCUGUCUUACUACUGUACUGAUCGUUUUCUAACUGGAUGCACUGUGGAUUUUUUCGUGUUUGGGAAAAAAAAUAAGCCUUUUCUUGAUAUUUUUGGAAGAUAUAGCCAUGACCACUUAAGCCACAGUGGUGGUAUCUUUGCGACUG